GCCGCGGCGGGUGGCAGUCUGCGGGACUCCCGGGCGGCGGCGGGGCCGGAGCGGGCGCGGCGGAGGGGACAAGACCAGGGAAGGCGGGGACCGACCGGGCGGCAGCGUCCCGAACACUCAGCACGAUGCUGUCCUGGCGGCUGCACACAGGCUCCGAAAAGGCCGAGCUGCAGGAGCUCAAUGCCCGGCUCUCCGAGUACGUGUGCCGGGUGCGGGAGCUGGAGCGCGAAAACCUGCUCCUGGAGGAGGAGUUGCGCGGCCGGCGCAGGAAGGAGGGCCUGGGGGCCCAGGGCCAGGCCCGCUGGGCCGAGGAGGCGCGCGGCUUGCGGCAGCAGCUGGACGAGCUGAGCUGGGCCACGGCGCUGGCCGAGGGCGAGCGCGACGCGCUGCGGCAGGAGCUGCGGGAGCUGCAGCUGCUGGGCGAGGAGGAGCGCGCCGCCCGCGGCCGCCUGGACGCCGAGCUGGGCGUGCAGCGACGCGAGCUGCAGGAGGCGCUGGGCGCGCGCGCCGCCCUCGAGGCGAUGCUGGGCCGGCUGCAGGCCGAGCGCCGCGGCCUCGACGCGGCCCACGAGCGCGAAGUGCGGGAGCUGCGCGCCCGCGCCGCCAGCUUGACCCUGCACUACCGCGCCCGCACCACCGGCCCCGCCGCGCCCCCGCCGCGCCUGCGGGAGGUGCACGACAGCUACGCCUUGCUGGUGGCCGAGUCGUGGCGGGACUCCGUGCAGCUUUACGAGGACGAGGUGCGCGAGCUGGAGGCGGCCCUGCGGCACGGCCAGGAGAGCCGGCUCCAGGCCGAGGAGGAGACGCGCCUGUGCGCGCAGGAGGCGGAGGCGCUGCAGCGCCAGGCGCUCGAGCUGGAGCAGCUGCGCGUGCUGCUGGAGGAUGAGCUGCUGCGGAAGCGCGAGGCCUAUGAGCUGCAGGCCGAGGAACGGCAGAAUGUGCUCGCUUGCCUGGAGGAGGAGAAGGCGGCCCUCACCUUGACCAUGGCCGACCGGCUGCGAGACUAUCAGGAACUCCUGCAGGUGAAGACCGGCCUCAGCCUGGAGGUGGCAACCUACAGAGCCUUACUGGAAGGAGAAAGUAAUCCAGAGGUGUUGAUCUUAACUGAGCGCAUUGAAAACCUGCCACAAGAAUUCAGAAACACGUCCUAUCACUAUACCAACUCGGUAUUGCAGAGGGAAAAUGAAAGGAAUCGGUUCCUGAGGCAGAAACCACCUUCGGGAAGAUUCCGGCACAGCUCGGCACUGCCUUCUAACCUGUGGGCACACCGUGCGUCACACGCUAGAAACGUUGCCAGGAGAAGCUUCCUGGGCUCAGAAUAUCCUUCCUUUACCACCACCCGGCGGGAAAAUGCUUACGAAAAAACCACCAGCAGUCCAGCCAACUUCAGAACUUUCUCUCCCAGCCAUGGGCUUUUAAGAAAUACUGAAGUGCAACUGAAAACAUUCCCCAGUAGACCAAGAACUGAAGGUACAAGGGACGCCCCCGCUCGUGUCACCAGACAGUCCUCCUUUGCCCAGGAGUCCUACCGAGAACGCCAGGACAAUGUGGUGGCAGGUGCUUCCGAAAGCACUUGGUCAAAUGAGAGGACUGUCAUUUUGGGAAAGAAAACAGAAGCUAAAGCCACGAGGGAGCAGGAGAGAAACAGAGCGGGCACUGUGCAAGCAAAGCGAGAAGAGAAAAUGUUUGAUUCUAAGGAGAAGGCUUCAGAGGAGAGAAACUUAAGGUGGGAAGAACUAACCAAGUUAGAUAAAGAAGCGAGAAAGAGAGAGAGCCAGCAAAUGAGGGAAAAGGUGGAGGAGAAGGAGCCAUCGAAGGAGAAAAGCGUGAGAGAAAGAGAGGUACCGAUCCGUCUGGAAGUAUCCCAGGACAGCACACCAGAGGGGGCCCCCAAAGGUUUCCAGACGCCCCUAAAGAAAGAUGCGGGUGGUGAUCCAGCUAAAAGGGUGGAAAGGAGAGAGGCAAGACUCAGGUGGGAUACCAGGGACGCCACAGGCUUUCUGAAAGGUGAUUCCAUGACCGAAGCCAUAGCAGAAGAUAUAGUGUCUGGUAUCUUGAAGCAGCUUUCCCCGUCUCCUGAUACAGAAGCACCUGCUGAUUCUUUUCCAGACACGAGAGUCACUUAUGUGGGCAGGACGGAGCUUCCUGGGGACAAGAAAACAAAGACGGAGAUCGUCGUGGAGUCGAAACUGACCGAGGAAGUCGAUGUUUCAGAGGAAGCUGGCCAGGACUACCUUUUGAGCAUGAAUGUACGGGAGAAGGUGGGGCUGAAAGGGAAAUCCACCGAGCAGACGAUUGGAGACCUAAUCAGUCUCGGCCUGAAAGGAAGACAGGGGACAGCGAAGGUGGUCAACGUGGAGAUCAUCGAAGAGCCCCUGAGCUACGUGGGUGGCGAGAAGGCUGGUGAGUUUUCUACCCCAUUCCACGUGCAGGAGGUGGACGACAUGUCUCCGGGCUCCCAGGGGCUGGCUGAGGAGGCAGGGUAUGGAGAGAGAGAGGUCACGUUCUCGGUUCAUCAACGUAAGGAGACGGAGCUGCCCCAAGAGAACGUAAGUCACGUGGAAGAAGUGACGGAUGCAGGUGACUCAGAGGGAGAGCAGAGCUAUUUUGUGUCAACGCCAGAUGAAUGCCCCGAGCAUGACAUCGGACACGACAGGGAUGAAGGCUCAGUGUACGGGCAGGUCCACAUCGAAGAAGAAUCCACCAUCAGAUACUCUUGGCAAGACGAAAUUGUGCCGGGGUCACGGAGAAGAAUAAGGGGGGGUGAUGCAUUGGGAGAGAAGGUUGUGAAGCCGCUGGACAUUCCAGAACCCUCUCUGGAGGGCGAUGUGGGUUCUCCUCACUGGAAAGAACAAGCUAGAAGUGGCGAAUUUCAUGCAGAAGCCACAGUCAUUGAAAAGGAAAUUAAAAUACCACACGAAUUCCACACCUCCGUGAGGAGAGACUCCAAGGAGCCCCGACACCAGCUGGUGGAGGUUAUCGGACAGCUGGAGGACAGCCUCCCAGAGCGCUUGAAGGAGGAGCUGUCUGCCCUCACCAAAGAGGGUCAGAGCGGCUCAGGGAACGUUUCCGUGGAUGUGAAGAAAGUCCAGACCUCGGGCGAUGGCGCCAUGACCUUGGUUGCUGAAGUCAACCUCUCGGAAACUGUGGAUGCAGAUCAGUUAGAUCUGGAGUUGCUGAGCAAAGGUGAAGCCAGUGAAAUAGAGAAAGCGGUGGAGUCGGUGGUGCGAGAUGCUGUGGCCAGGCGGUAUAGCCCAGCGCCUGGGAGCCCAGACAGGGAAGCUUCAGGGCCAGCCCCAGUGGCCGGCUUUGGCUUUAAGCGCUGGGCCACCCAGGAACUGUACAGACCCUGUGCUGAGGAUGACGACGCUGCCUGGGCCUCUCACAGCACACACAGGGUCACUUCCCAGGGUCCGGUGUCAGCCACUGUGGAGGUCACCAGCCCAACGGGCUUUGCCCAGUCCCACGUGCUAGAGGACGUAAGCCAGUCUGUAAGACACAUUAAAAUAGACACCCCUGGAAUUUGGAGGACUGAGCGAGUCCCACGCGAAGGACCCACUGCAGAAGUGGUGGAGGUAAGUGGGGAAGGUGCCCCGAGUCAGGCAGCGAGCUCAGUGGGAGCCAGCUGGUCUGUGAGGCACUUUACAUUGGGUCCUGAUCAAAGUCAAGUGUCCAAAGAAAUCUCUGAAGGGCCUAUCCCUGGCUGUCGGGAGGUGGGGGGCACGGCAGAGCCUGGCCCAGCAGAGCUCUCCACCGAUACUGACAGACUGGGGGGCCACAGCGUGUUUGGCUCCAAACAAUUUCAUGCAACAAGGGAAAUGAUUUUUCAGAGCUCCGUUUCUGGGGCAGGGAAGGUUGGUGAUUCUUGUCAAACAGAAGAGUCAGUGGGUACCCAGACUUCUGUAAAGCACCUUCAGUUGGGUCCCAGAGAGGGGUUCAGUGCGCAAAUCCAGUUCACAGCCCCCCUCUCAGACACAGUGGAGUCAGGGGUCAGAGGAGCUUCUGUGCACCCCAAAGAGAGGGCAGAGAAUGGCACACCCGUCAGGCACGUGACAAUCGGGCCUCAGAGGCUUCAGACCACAGAGCAGACAGGUCCCCAACCCAGGGAAUUUGGCGACUCUGGAAGCAGGGCCCAUGGAGCGGGCUCAGCAGACAUGACCCAGGGCACUCGUAGUUACACCUGGAGUAGGAAAGUCCUAACGACUGACGAGAGCACCUUCCGAGGGGCCAUUUCUCAAUCUCCCCAGGAGGCAAGUGGGGGAGACGUGUCAGGGGCAGAAGCCACACUGGGCACGAGCAGAUCCUUUAGGCAUAUUCAACUAGGUCCUGGGGAAACCCAAACCUCUGAACACAUCGUCUUCCAUGGGCCCAUUUCCAAAACAUUUGCCCUUGCUGGUUCGGUAGACUCCCCUGAGCUUGGCGAGCCAGCAGACGGCAGCACAACGCUAAGGCACGUUGCACUGGGGCCCAAAGACACUUCGUUUACCUUUCAGAUGGACGUGAGUAACGUAGAGGUGGCCCCCAGCUGGACCCGAGAGGCCACCGUCCUCUUCCCCGCAGGGACGGAAGCAGAAGCUCGUAGCGUGUCUGACAGUGGGACCUGGAGAGACCCUGGCGGUAGGAAUGACCGGGCAGCCAGCAUGAGCUUUCAGGGCAAGGAGCAAGCUGAGUUUGAUAAAACGGUGCAGCUACAGAGGAUGGUAGAUCAGAGGUCGGUGGUUUCCGACGAAAAGAAAGUUGCUGUCCUCUAUCUAGACAAUCAGGAAGAGGAGGACGAGGGACACUGGUUUUGAGACACAAACAAUCGGUUUUAAAUGGUACCUGAUUUGAUAAUAUACCAACACACAAAAGCCUGUAGUAAGUUUUAGGAGGGAGGCCCACUCUUUAUGAAAACCUCCCUUUUUUUUUACUUUCUCCAAAGAGUGCUCCAGGCAACGUCAGUUUACUUGAUAAUCUGUAAAAAGUUUCAAAUUAAUUCAUGCCUUAAAAGGUGUUGGAACUUUACUUUUGAGUUGGGACUUAUACAAAACAUCUUUGUUGUCUUAAAAGUUCCCUUUUCUGGAGUUUUCUCUCCUAGAGACGAUUUUUACCAGUUUGCACCUGGUCACAGAAAUGCCUGGCAUCUGCUUGAAACUAUAAUUAACUAUCUUUAUGUAAGAUGCCCACAUGGUAACACAUUCACAUAUUUAAGAGUACUUUGCAUGUGCUAAUAAGAAAUAGGAAACUAACCUUUUAAGGACAAAAAAACCAAUACAGUUUUCUCUUUCCAAAGUCUUUGCAAAAAGAAAUCAUAGGAAAUAAGCAGCUUGCUUACAGUAAAAAAAAAAAA